UACGUUGCUCUCAGCUACGUAUGGGGAGAAAGCCAACCGAAUCGCACCACUACAACAAACGUGGACGCCUACACUCUCCGCAUUGACCCUGAACUCUUGCCUCAAACGAUCAAAGAUGGUAUCAAAGCCACGCACACCUACGGCGUCCGAUACCUCUGGGUCGAUGCACUAUGCAUCUUGCAGGACUCCGACUACGACAAGGCCCGCGAGAUCGCAAGGAUCCGGACGAUCUUCAGGCACUCCUACUUCACGAUCAUCGCCGCCAGCGCACGCAAGGUGAGCGACGGCUUCCUGCACGACCGAUCACCAUCGUCCCCCCACGACAUCACCCUACCCUUCCCGUAUCCCGACAGCGAUGAGGUCGGCACGAUGGUGUUAUCCCCAGUCUGGCAACAGUAUGACGCCUCCGCAGAGCCGGUGAACCAGCGCGCGUGGUGCCUCGAGGAGCGCCUUCUUCCCGCGCGCGCCUUCGUAUACGCGUCACACACACUGCAGUUCCAGUGCCAGACGUCCAUUGUGAACGUCGGCGACGCCAUAUGCGGGCCCAUGAUAGGACAGCGCCUUCCCGACAUCCUCUUCGCCGCCGACGCAAGCGAGGAGCCCCUCCCCCUCACGGCAGCAGACCACAGGGCACUGCGCUGGGCAUGGAGCGAGGCCGUCGGGGACUACACGCGGCGCACCGUCACGAAGCCUGGCGACAAGCUCGACGCGUUCGCCGCGAUCGCGGAGCUCUUUCAGCGUGCUUGGCGGGCGGAGUACCUCGCGGGCCUCUGGCGGCCCACGCUCCUCCAAGACUUGCUCUGGGCGAAGAACUACGAGGGGCGCGCGCCGCGGCCCACACGGUAUAGGGCGCCGUCGUGGUCGUGGGCGGCAGUCGACGGGCACGUCGUGGCGAGCUUGCUAGACGACCGGCUGAGCGCGGAGGUGGGCGGGGCCGUGCAGAGCUGCGAGGUUAUAGGGUGUGACGCUGUCCCCGCGACAUCGCUGGUUCCGCUUGGAAAGGUGCUGUCGGGGACGCUGAGGCUUCGC